AUGGCUCCUACGGCUACCUCGGACUCGCUUCCCCCUAAACCACAGCAGCUGCUGUGUCUCACCAUCACGGGCUUUCGCAAGCCGGGAUUGAGCGAAGAGGCCUACCGAGAGCACAUGACUAAGAUACACGCUCCCUUGGUAAGCGGCCUCAUGGAAGAGUACGGGAUCGUUCGAUACAACAUGCAGACCCAUAACGAUAGUAAAACUCGACCAUUACUCUUUCAGUUAUAUGACCCAGAGUUCUCGAAGCUGUCCGAGUAUGAUUGCAUCGUACAAUUUGUGUUUCGACGCAUGGAGGACUUCCUGAGGAUGAAGGCUGAUCCACGAUUCAUGGAAAAAGUGGCCCCCGACCACAAGAAUUUCGCUGAUACUUCAAGGUCGACGUGA